AUGCCGCAGCGAAGAGGUGGGAAGUCUGGCCCACGCGCAAAGCGUACGCGGCAUUCAGCGAGGAUUGGGGCCCUAGGGCAACUCGACACUACCCCAAAUCGUCACGAUCAGUCUCCUCGUGCAGUUCAGACUCAGGAUCCAACACCGGCAUUACCAAAUCAGGGCGCCAAUAUUGAGCCUCCAAACUCUGAUAUACCGUCUACAAACGAAUUUGAUGAUGACCUCAACGAGGAUGAUCUGAGGCAGUUGGUUGAAGCUGAAGCCGUUCCAUCCGCUCAACCACCUGCUGAUUUCUCAUGGUCUGAAAUCGGUUCAACACGCCGAAGCACGCCUCUACGGGAAGACGAACCAAGCUUUCUAGAUAACCAAGAUUCUCUUCUCGACGAGUUUUCCAGUCCAAAGUCCGGUCUAGGCAAGCUUCCCAACACUCAGCCACUGCCAUCAGAGCCUGAUCAAGAAAGCAAAGAACCUCCUUUUGUUGACUUUUCUGAGACAGCUUCUACUAUACGACGAAGUUCACCUUAUUAUUCGUUGGCUGCCUCUCAGAUCGGAGAUGACGAGGUACUGAAUAUAGUGGAAAACAAUCCUUUGGCACCACUACCAAGUACCAUCCAAGAUUCGAUACAAUCUCUUGGGUUGCCACCUUUCCCUGAGUUAGAAGCUAUGGAUCACUUGCCGGAAGACGAGCUGUAUGAUGUCACGCCUCCCAAGUCGACCGCUGAGCUUGAAGCUGAGACGUCGCGAAAAGAGGAGGAAGCACCUGGAGCUGCCCCAGAAAGUUCACAGCGUACUAAGAAGCCAAGUUCGUCACAGAACUCAAAGACAAAAGGCGUACCGGGGAAGACCUCAAAAAAGCAUGAUGCCCUUACGAGACUGUUAAAGGAGGAGCUGGGUUCAUCAGGAGAAGACGAAGGAGAGGAGCAAGCUUCUUCACCUCCUGAAAAGCCACCAGUAAAGCCCCCAAAGCCGAAGAACGGCGCUCGCAAAGGCAAAGAGACACCAAAAAGGAAACCUGCCGCUAUGGAAACUCAGGAUAUUCGAGAAGAUGAGCAGCAACCCAAAGGAAAGAAAGGCCGGAAACAAAGAGCGAAGACCCCCAUCCAAUUUGACGAAGAAACACAGCAAAUAAAAGAGGUUACACCACGCAAGGUACCAGAACAGCAGCCUCGCAUGCCUAUAGUGAGCAGUCUCAGAAAAUCAUAUGCUGCCUCUGUGUCUCCUAUUGCAGCUGCAGGAAAAGGGACGCCCGGCUCGAAACGAAAGCCUGCACCAAAGCGCAAACCGCCUGCUAAAGAUUUUCCCAAGAAGGAGAAAGCUCCCCAGAAAGCUCCGCCAGCUACACGAAAGUCAGGUUUGAAGAACGUGGUGCCUCAAGAGAAACCUGAUACAACUGAAAAGAGGAAAGAACGUGCAGUCCCUGCUACAAAAGUAGCAGCUAAGCCUGCACCCGUGAUUACCAAGAGAAUAACCCGAGCCAACGUGAAAGAGGAAAGUGGACCAAUGUCACAGCCUUCAAAAGUCCAAGAGACACAAGAAUCAAGAAAUGAGACUCAGGGAUCAACUCAGGACCCUAUCGUGCUCUCUAGCGACCCUGAAAGCUCUUUGUUCUCGGAUGAUGACGAUGCCUUCGUUCCAAUCGAAGACUUACACCCAAAUGAGAAGACUCAACCAGCAAGGAAGGCCCAAUCAGUAAUGGGAGAGUUACUUGUUGACCCAAUUGUCGAUGUGGAACCAGUAGGCCAUGCUCAUCGCGAGAAAGCGCAGCCUUCUACACGGCGGCAGACCCUACCGCAGAAUCUCGAGGCUCCUCAUCCUUCAGGUCCCCAAGAAGAGCAAAUAUCUAGGCAGAGGACAACCAUGAAGGUUAAGCGUGACCCUCAGAAGCUUGUCGAAGAACCUCUCCCAAGCACGAAGGGACUCGGUGCAAUUCAAAAGGGUCGGGAGGUUUUGUCAGCUCGCGAUACUAACAUUCGCCUUCAACAAGAUACCUCACAAGCAAGGACCCUGAAAAGACCUGCUGCGACAGUUGAUCCCAUCAUUGAUGCUUCUCACCCACCUCGGAAGAUCAGUAAAACUUCAAGGAGCUUCAGUGUCAGCCAAGCGGGUAGCCCGCUGCCACUUGAAACAAGCCCAGCGCAGCCUGUCAGUGGAACAAGUCCAAGUGCUAUGGAAGAAGUUGAAUCUGCGAAAGUGCCCAAGCGCAAUCAGCAGACGGAGCCUAGAAGAUCCCAACGCCUUCGAAGAACUGCGGAAUAG